AUGGCUGUUCAAACCACGACCAGGCUGCCGCUCGUGCUGGCGAGUGUGGGUAUCAUCUUGUUCGUCGGAGCGUUGCUGCACCAAAUGAAUGGCGUCCCUUCGUCUUUGCGCUCGUCCUCGAAAGGCUCUUUCUACGAUAUCGCCCUGUCGCAUGGCACAGACAAAGUGACAGUCCACCACUACCACCACAUGUACCAGAAAUACCUCCCACCCUACCGCCCCAAGCCUCUGAAGAUGCUCGAGAUCGGCAUCGGCUGCGACAUGGGUUAUGGGCCAGGGGCCUCGUAUUUCACCUGGCUGGAAUACUUCCCUUACGUCGACCUCUACUUCAUCGAAUACGACGCGGCCUGCGCCUCCAAAUGGGCCGCCAACACGACCGGCGCGACGAUCUUCACGGGCGACCAAGCCAACAUUACCUUCCUGAACCAAUUCAUGCGGACCGCAGGGACCGACUUCGACGUCAUCGUCGACGACGGGGGCCACACGAUGGACCAGCAGAUAGUCAGUCUGGAGACGCUGUGGAAGGCCGUGAAGCCGGGCGGGCUGUACUUUUGCGAGGAUUUGCAGACGAGUUAUUGGGAGAGUUAUGGGGGUGAUCCUGCGAAUAGGGGGAGCAAGAGGACGAUGAUGGGGUUUGUGAAGGAGCUGGUGGAUGAUUUGAAUGUGGUGACGGGAGGGCAUAAGAGGAAGCAUGAGGGGGUUAGUUUGGAUUUGUUGAGUGUGGAUUGUAUGGAGGAGGUUUGUGCUUUUGUUAAGAAGGGUUAG